AUGGAAAUAAUACUGAGGGUUGCUAGAGAAAUAUUGGGUGAGAGUAGUGGCAAGAUGUCCGAAAAUGAAGAAGUGAAGGAUGCAACAAAGCAAAAGAGAGAAGCAAAAAAAAGGUGGGAUGGGACCCAAAUGGAAGAGGACCGGAUAGCCCAGAAGGAAGCAAAUAAAUUAGCAAAGAAAACUGUAGCAAUUGCUAAGGAUAGAGCAUAUGAUCAGCUUUACAAAGAGUUAGAUAACAAGGAAGGGCAAGGAAAGAUCUUUAAACUAGCACAAAUGAGAAAUAAGAGUACCAAGGAAAUAACACACAUAAGACAGAUUAAGGAUAAGGAUGGAAAUAUACUGAGAAAUGAGAGAGACAUAAUAAAGAGAUGGGAAGAAUAUUUUGAGGCCUUAUUGAAUGAAGGAAAUGAAAGAUUUCUGAUAGGAGAUGGACACACAAAUUGUGGACCAGUCACAGAAAUAACAAAAGCUGAGGUUAGAGUGGCACUGGGAAAGUUGAAAAAUAGUAAAGUGGUGGGACCGGAUGGCAUACCUGCAGAAGCCUGGAUGGCUCUUGAUGAGGCAGGAAUUGACAUAUUGUGGCAGUUAAUGAAAAAGAUUAUGAAAAGUGAGAUGAUAGCCGAAAAAUGGAGAGAAAGUAUAUUAAUCCCAAUAUUCAAAGAGAAAGGGGACAUUCAAUGUUGUGAAAAUUACCGAGGAAUAGAACUUAUGUCACAUACACUGAAGGUAUUUGAAAGAAUUAUGGAUGAAAGAUCACGGCAACAAGUUUUCAUCUGUAGACAGCAACUAGGAUUCAUGAAGGGGCUCAGUACUGUGGAUGGUAUUUUCGCUCUGAGACAAAUCAUGGAAAAGGUCUUGCAUAUGGCCUUUAGAGACCUUGAGAAGGCAUAUGACAGAGUACCACAUCAGGAAAUAUGGAGAUGUCUCAGGGAGAGAGAGGAGUGA